UCAAUUAGCAAAGAAAAGCUACUGUAGCACAGGGUCAAGCGUCAUAGUCUUCUCUUCUGUGUGACUGUGUCCUGUUGUCCUCUCUCUCCCUCUCUAUCGUCCAUGAAAACCACCAUCAUCUUACCACCACUUUCACUGCCGUGACCACUGUUGGGUAAAGUUGCAGGCUUUCUCAUCAAGCUCAAGAAAAGAUCCAGACCUUUGACAUUUCAACCACUUGAAGGAAUUCAUACAGGUUUCCAUGGCGAAAACCCGACCGGGAUUGUCCUCUUCAAAUCCUAAACCAGGGAAGAAAGAUGUCAGCUCCUACACGAUUCGUGGGACGAACAAGGUCGUGAAAGCUGGGGAAUGUGUGCUGAUGAGGCCAUCGGACAUCGGGAAGCCGCCAUACGUGGCAAGGAUCGAGAAGAUCGAGACUGACCACCGGAAUAACGUGAAGGUUAGGGUUCGGUGGUAUUACAGGCCUGAGGAAUCGCUUGGGGGAAGGAGGCAGUUUCAUGGAGCAAAGGAGCUCUUUUUAUCGGACCACUAUGACGUGCAGAGUGCACACACCAUUGAAGGCAAGUGCACUGUGCACUCCUUCAAGAACUACACUAAGCUGGAGAAUGUUGGGGCAGAGGAUUACUACUGUAGAUUUGAAUAUAAUGCCUCCACUGGAGGAUUCACACCCGACCGGGUUGCUGUGUAUUGCAAGUGUGAGAUGCCGUAUAACCCAGAUGACCUAAUGGUGCAAUGCGAGGGAUGCAAGGACUGGUACCAUCCUGCUUGUGUGGGCAUGAGUAUUGAAGCAGCGAAAAACUUGGAUCUCUUUACCUGUGAGGAUUGUAAGAAAGAAAUGAAAAAAACUCCGAAUGGAUAUCGUGAAUUGCCAACAGCUGAAAGCAAGGGGGAAGCCAAGCGCCGGAAGAGAUAAUAGUGCAUUUGGUGUAAAGAAUGUACUAGGUAGGAGACAAUGUAUCUAUCUGCUUGCAAGAUUAGCUUGAAUAGUGCAGCAAAAUACUGGGUGUGCUUUGUUCAAAACUUGCGGAUACUAUUAUUUAUGGGUUUGUGGUGCUUGUUGAUGUGCCCAGAUGUUGUUCUGUUGUAAUCUAUGUCCAAGGAAAGGAAAAAAGGAUUUCUUUUAGAUCAAUAACCUUGAAACUGCAUUUGAGAGUAGCCAAAUCAAAGGAUUGUGUGUUUUGGGAUAUAAUCCUAAAUAUGUUAAUCCACUUU